AUGUUCAAAGGUUUAUGCGCCUUACGGCCUAUGUGUUUGGGGCUGUUGAAAAUCACGGUCGGAUUUGAAGUUUGCAAAGAUAUUGCGGCCGGGGUUUGGCGGGCUAUGCGAAGAAGUCUGCAGCCGGGGCAGUUGAAAAUCACGGCCGGUUUUGGUGGAGGAAGCUGGGCCUACGAGACGUGGCCGGGCAAUUUAAACAUGACUGGAGAUUAA